CACCACCGAAAUUGUCAAACAAACCCAAGGGAAACAAGAUAAAAAGGAUUUUGCUUUGCCUAAUUUGUAAGCUUUGAGGUUGACUGAAAAAACUAUGGCGGAAGAGGGACAAGUAAUCGCCUGCCACACUGUUGAUUCAUGGAACCAGCAGCUCGAGAUGGGAAACCAGUCCAAGAAACUGGUGGUGGUGGAUUUCACAGCAUCAUGGUGCGGGCCAUGCCGUUUUAUAUCGCCAAUCCUGGUGGAUCUUGCUAAGAAGCUGCCCAACGUCAUAUUCUUGAAGGUGGACGUGGAUGAACUGAAUACUGUGGCUCAGGAGUGGGCUAUUGAGGCGAUGCCAACUUUUGUGUUUCUGAAAGAAGGCACCAUAAUUGACAAGGUUGUGGGUGCAAGGAAAGAAGAAUUGCAGCAGAAAAUUGCCUUUCAUUCAUCUAACCCGGUGCAGACAGCAUGAAUCAACAUUUAAAUGUACUUGAUGUCUGGAGUUGUUUAUGAAACUAGGAUCUUAUGAAUGUCUGACAGACAGACACUAAAUAAUGUGUGGUUGUAUUUAUAUUUGGCUACUCUCUGCCUUUUGUCCUUGUUUCUAUUUCAGAUCUUAUCUUAUAUUUAAAUUAGCGAAUGCUUUCUAUAA